AUGACAGAUGCAUUCAGUUAUAAAGAUGCUAAAAACUGGGGCAAGAAAUAUCCACAAUGUAAUGGGAAAAAUCAAUCCCCCAUUAUGGUAAUCGCAGAAAGUGGCGGCGAUUACUUUCAACGAAUUGAUAAAAGACUGAAAUUAACAGACUUUCAAACACUGCCAACAAAAAUGACCAUAAAGAAUACUGGUCACACUGUUGAAAUAGAAGCUGAAUGGCCUGGAAAACUUCCGAGGCUUACUGGCGGACCGCUUCAUGGGAAUUACGUAUUUGAAAAAGCCACUUUUCUUUGGGCUCCAAAACCGACAUUAGAUUCAGCACAGGAGCCUGAACAUUUUUUUGACGAAUUAGAAAAAAAUUUACAUAAGGUGCAAUCGAUAAAUUCAACAGCAGUGACACCUCCGAUGCGCUUGACAAGUCUUGUAGAUGACUCGUCACCACAUUUUUUAUUUUACAAAGGAUCCUUAGAUUAUCCUCCAUGCUCGGAAUCUGUGACUUGGUUCACGUAUAUACCUACAAUUUAUGUUAGAUCCAAGCUAGUAAAUGAAUUCAGGAAAAUAAAGUUGGCUGAGGGAGACGUGACGAAUGUUAGACCUGUCCAGCCGGGUUUGCCUUUAGGCAAAAUCCAAUGUAAUUGGUACAUCCUUGGAUUUCCAGAUGUUAGAUCUAGCACAGGAACCGGAUAA